GUCCAGUAGCAACAGUGAAACGUGCAGCAGCAGCAGCAGACACAGCAUGUAGGUCCAGAGAAACAGAGAAACAACGCGUUUGAGCCACUUCUACUCGGUUUUUAUUGAUUUAAAGCAACUGAACUGAGGUUUCUUUACCACCACUUGUUUCUUUACUUGUUUCCCUCCUUGCUGAACUGCUCUCUGUUGUUACAGAGGAGACAAAAGGACGAGACUUCUGCCAUGGAUACGUCGCCAACUUGUUGAUGUUGCCACUUUGUUUAUUUUUUUCGCUGUCAUUCAGGGUAAGUUGUAAUGUGAAGAUGCCAAACUCUUUCCCUACGGAAACGUUAAUCUCAAAAAGCUUCUCUUUGGACUUCUACUCUACCAGCGAACGCCCUACAGAGCUGUAUACAGACGCCAGUGACGGUAACAUCAGCAACAUUAGCGGGACAGGCACCUCUUCCUGCACCUACAAGGAGGACUUUAAGCGUAUUUUACUCCCCGCUGUGUACACCUUUGUCUUCGUGCUCGGCCUUCCUCUCAAUGCUGCCGUCAUACUUAAGAUAUGGAAGACUCGACCCAAUCUGUCCAGAAACAACAUCUAUAUGCUGAACUUGGCCAUCGCCGACUUUCUGUAUGUGAUGUCUCUUCCCUUGCUCAUCUACAACUACGGCAGUCAUGACUACUGGCCCUUUGGCGAGUUUGCCUGCAAAAUGGUCAGGUUUCAGUUCUACAGUAAUCUCCACGGCAGCAUCCUCUUCCUCACCUGCAUCAGUGUGCAGCGCUAUGUGGGCAUUUGCCACCCUCUUGCGAUGUGGCACAAGCAAGGUGGUCGCAGGAUGGUGUGGUGUAUCUGCGGAGGGGUAUGGCUGGUGGUCAUCUGCCUGUGUUGGCCAACUUUUCGCUUCGCUGCCACGGGAAUCCAACGCAACCGCACAGUGUGUUACGAUUUAAGCACGCCGGGUGAUUCACUACACUACUAUCCUUACGGCAUGGCUCUCACCUGCCUCGGCUUCUUGUUGCCUUUUAUGGGCGUGAUGGUGUGCUACUGUCGCAUGGCCCACAUCCUCUGCCGCCCGGUGUCAUAUCAGGGUGUCUCCAUAGCGACAGGGGAGAAACGGGGCAAGGCCGUGAGGAUGAUCAUUGUGGUGGCGACAGUAUUCUGCAUAAGCUUCCUGCCUUUUCACCUCACCAAGACCAUGUACCUGGUUAUCCGUACUCUGCACGCACCCUGCGAGACAAAAAACUUAUUUUCAAUCAUCUAUAAGAGCACCAGGCCGUUUGCCAGCAUGAACAGCUUUCUGGACCCCAUUCUGUUUUACUUCACCCAGCCACGCUACCGCCAGAGCACCAAAAGGUUUAUGCUUAAAGUCACCACCCUGAAGGACAAGAGCACCAACGUUGCCUUUGUUUGAUAGCAACAACUGUGGCAAAGCACCAGCCACGAGUUGGAAUUGAGGCCAGAACCGGGCCACUGUGGUAAGGACUCAGCGCCUAUGUACCAUGCACCUUCCUAAAAGGGUCUAAAAAGGUUUUGGAGGUACUGGCAUCAAGAAGCCUUCUGAAAGUCAACAUGAAGGUUUUAAUCUUAAUAAUAUGAAAAGCGAAUAUAGACUGAGAAAACUAUGUUUCCAGAGCUGAAAAUGAAAAUUUUCUGUUCUGUACAUGCACUGUACAUACAAAUGCUGAUGAUACUGUCAGCAGACCACCGGGGCAUUCACAUCGCGCUUUGUUCCUGAUAUCUGUGAAAACUUUUCUCUUUUUAUUUUGUAAGUAAAUAUUUUUUUUAUUUUAUUUCUGUUCUACACUGUGAAUAAAAUAAACCACAGUGCAGUGGUUAGCACUGUCGCCUCACAACAGGAAGGUUCCUGGCUGGGGCCUUUCUGUGUGAAGUUUGCAUGUUCUCCCCCGUGUCUGCGUAGGCUCUCUCCGGGUACGCCAGCAUCUUUCCACAGUCCAAAGACAUGCACUUAAUAGGUUAAUUGAUUUUAAUUUUAAAUUGCCCGUAGGUGUGACUGAAUAGUUGUUUGUCUCUGUGUGCCGUGAAUAAAGCACAUGUGUGUAUAAAUGUGGCAGGUGGAUUAGAAAUAUUGUUUGUUUGCAUUUUUAUUUUUAGCUUUCUACUGUAUCUAUAGCUUUCUACUGUUUUAUCCCCUAAAAGGGACACAGUUCAACAUUAUUCAAGCUGUAAGUCUUGAUGUUGCAUGUUUUUACCACUGGAUGGCGUGUGCUCCCCACUGCCGUAACUGCACUGCACUGAAAUGACU